AGAGAGGGAUGAUUUGGAGAGAGAGAGAGAGAGAGCACAGUUACAUCGCUCUGGGAAUGAAAAACAUUGAUUUGCAGCCAGGUUUCAGACACAGCAACUGAUAACAGGAGAGAAGGUUAAAGCACACACACGGGCACACACAUUGAGAAGUUAAAGUACACACACAUUGAGAAGUUAAAGUUAAAGCACACGCUCACACACACUAAGAAGAAUGCUACUGCUCUGAAAUUCACAGAAGCUCAAAUUUCCACGACAGCUCAUGUCUCAGGAGAGCAGUCGGUGCCGCGGUCACACUGAGCAGCGGCCAAACUGAGCCCCGGGAGCCACCGCACUGUCCCGGGACACAGAUGGAGGAGGGGAGGGGAACCCCUGAGGAUCUCUUGUCCCGGGAGGACACAGCCCCGUUUGAGGAGCCGCAAUCACCAGACCAGCCAGAGUCGGGCACGGAAGCUAUCCCCAUCACACGUCAGCCUCAGGCGGGUGCUGCCCCAGGGAGUUGCUCUGUGUCAGGACGGCAGGACCAGCCCCCACGGCCCUCCGGCACCAGGUCAGACCCCCGGCCGGGCUCAGGACACAAAGUACCGUCCAGGACCACCAAACGCCCCCCGCCUGUGCGUCAGAAGAAGCCGGGACCCCCACCCCCACUCAACCUGAGCGGCAAGAAAGGCAAAGCAGCCCCUUCCCCCACAGGAGCCCUGAUCCCUGCCGGAGAGCAGCAAGGCUGCUGUGUGCACUGUAUCCUGGCCUGCCUGUUCUGUGAGUUCCUGACGUUGUGCGGUCUGGUGCUGGACUGCGCUACGUGCGGUUCCUGCGGCUCCGACGCCUCGUGCUGUUGUCUGUGCUGCGGCUCCGAGGAGUGUGCGGCCUGCGAGCUGCCCUGUGACCUGGACUGCGGCAUCGUGGACGCCUGUUGUGAGUCCGCAGACUGCCUAGAGAUCUGCAUGGAAUGCUGCGGCCUGUGCUUCUCCUCCUGAGUGCACGUGGAGGGAAAGCCGGAGCCGAGCCAAAGCCACCAUCGUGUCCAAGG